UCUAAGAAAUGUGUAUGAUAAAAUUAUUUGACAAAUCUGCUGAUUUUAGGAAUUAUAUACAUUUCUUAGAAAUUGUAUACAAUGACGAGAUAAGAUUCAUUGUUUUCGUCGGGAUUCAGUGAUAACAGGUUAGUGAUAAAGUUCGGUCCGUUUAUAGGGAACUAGUGUAUAACAUGGCAGCUAAACUAUUACCAGAGUUUAUGGACGUUGAAGGAAAAGUGAUUCUAGUAACGGGUGGUGCGGUUGGGAUAGGUGCUGGAUUGGUCAAGGAAUUGCUGUCACAAAAUGCAAGGCACGUCGCCUUCUUAGACGUGUUGGAUCGCGAGGGGGUAGCCCUUGAGGGAGAACUAUUGAAUAAGUUCGGCGCCCUGAGAGCCAAGUUCAUAAAAUGUGAUAUCUCCGACGAGAGACAGCUUUCGGCGGCAUAUCAGCUCGUUAUGGACAAAUACAGACGUCUGGAUGCGGUGGUGAACAAUGCUGCGGUUUUUUCCGAGGAGAACUACAAGAAAAUGGUGGAUGUUAAUUUUACAGCAACAGUGACAAGUACUUAUAAGGCCCUAGAAGUGAUGUCAGUGGACAAAGGAGGCAGCGGUGGGGUGGUGUUGAACAUUUCGUCGUUGAUGGCUCUAAAACCACAGGAAAAUUUCCAUUUACCCGUCUACGCGGCCACAAAAACCGCUGUGCUACACUUUAGUAACCAUAUCGCGACUCAAGAAUCGUAUUCAAAGACACAAGUUCGUAUAGUAACCGUGUGUCUGGGACUAACCGACACAGCUCUCUUACAUAGGCACAAAUUCGAGACACAAGAAUCCAAGAGCUUGGCCUCUCAACUCCCUGAAAAGCAGAGGGUGACGUCAGCAGUGAGCGGCAUAAUGUUCGUAAUUAGACGGGCAGAGAGUGGAUCUACCUGGAUCAUUGCAGACGAUGAACCACCGAUUGACGUCACUUGUACCGUGAGGGAGGGCUUCCGGUGUGUUGCCACGGCUAUUUGAUUUGAUUACUAAAAUAAAUGUUCCUAUUUACAACCUAUAUAUACCCUUUUACUAAAUCAAUUUUCGUAAUUAGACGGGCAGAGUUGAUCUGUCUGGAUCAUUGCAGACGAUGAACGUUACUUGUACCGUGAGGGAGGAUUUCGAUGUGUCGCCACGGCCAUUUGCUUUGAUUUGCUAAAAUAAAUGUUUCUUACUACAACCUAAAUACACCCUUUUACUGAAUAAUGUUUAUGUUGAUGUCUGUAAUUAGUCGAGCAGAGAGUGGAUCUGUCUGGAUCAUUGCUGACGAUGAACCACCGAUUGACGUUACUCGUA